UAUAGUCGAUGCUACUUAUUGCUGUUCGCUACUGUUGCCUUAAAUGAUGGUGGUGGUGGUGGUGGUAGUGAAGGUAGUGUCAUCAUGGGUCAUAGCUGAUUUAUUACUGUUAAAUUGCUUACUUUAAGUUCGGAUAAAACCUCUGUGUUAUUACUCAUACUACUUGUGAGCAAUGUUGUGUGAGCAACCUUAUUUGGCUGUUAUUGUACGCGCUGAAUGCCUUUUCUCUGUCAUCAAACAUAAAAACACACAUACAUACAUUCAUACACACGUACCAAAACAAUGGGAUGAAGAUGCUCAAAUCUAUGUUGAUGGUUAAAAAAAAAUAAUUAUUGAAAGAAUUCUUUUUUCUUUAUUUAUUAAUAUCUUAACUUUAAUUUUUAUUCAUUAAUUUUUAAUUUUUUUUUAAGUCGAAUUUGAAAAAUCUAUUCUAUUAUCACUUUUAGUGAGUUUUAUGGACAAUCCAGGAAAACUUUAUUGAAAUCAUGAAAUUCAUUGAAAUCUCGAAAUAAUUGUUCCUUUACAUGGUAAACUGUUAUUUCCCGUCUUUUUUUGAUCUGAUCGUUCAUUCCGUUUUUCUUGGGCGAAAUAUAAAUGUUUUAACCGUACACUUUUUAGCGUUCUCAAUUUCCCCUGAAAAACUGAAAAUUGGUUUGGAUUAUGAUGAAAAGUCACAGUUUGUUUUUUGAGGUUCUUUCAACUGAUGUAUUUGAAAAGUGGAAGGUUAAACUUUCGUCCAGCUGAACUGAAGCCAGAGAAAAAGUGGUAUUUGUGAAUAAGUCUAAUCAUACCUUCAAAAACAGACUUCUCGUUUCUGGAAUUUCUUUUUUAGCAUUCAAGCAUUUGAUGAGUCACACUAUAAAUCUUUGAAACAUAUUCUCAGUGGAUUGAACAAGCUCCGGGUAAUUCAAGUAGAAAUAAAAAGAAGACAUAACUGAUCAAGUGAUCACUCUUUUAUCACAGACUGUCUCUUCCCCAUGAAACCUUACACAUAACAAAACUGACAGAACAAUAAGUGUUUGUAUUAAACAUUUUUUGUUCAAAUAAUCAGAGCAGAAAGGAAACUACAACAAUCUUCACAACAAUUUAUUAGCUGUCUUGCUAUGAGUGAAAGAAAAACAGAACCUGUAUGGUCAAUAGAACCACCAGAAUGGAUUAACUUUUUCAGUAAUGAAAGGUUUCUGGAUUACAAGGAGUUUGUUUCCAAAAAAUUACCUUUAAAAUACCCCAGCUUGGGCUCUGGACAAUCAUAUGAUUAUGCUGAACCUUAUUCGUCAUUUAAAGAGAGCCAGGCCGAUCUUGGGAGAGGUUCUUACAGUGACUCAAGAAAGUUAUUCCUGCAAAAAAGUGGCCGAAUACUUUGGAUCAUUUCAUGUAUUCUCGUUUUCCUUGGCAUGAUCGCUGCGUUGGGUGUCGUAAUCACACUCAUUACAGCAGAUAAAUCAGAAACGAAGGGAUCCUUUAAUUCCGAUUUUGUCAACAAGAGUGGUAUUUCUUUGACAACACUAAUUCCUGACCCCGUCACUUAGUUUCAAGAUACUGCAGCAGUAAAGAAAUUGAUGUUGUUGUUAAUGAUAUGAACGAAAAUUUGCAGAAGAAAGAUGAUGAUGGAAGAGGACGUAUGUAUUUGUCAAAGAUCAGAUGUAUUUAGAUAUUUGUGUUUUCUCUCGAACAGUGUGAACAUAAAAUGAAUCUCUGGUCUAUGUAAUCCUGCACACAUCUAUAUGUGGGAGUAUCUACUCAUGAGCAUUAAUUGAAACAGUUAUAUUUGUACACGAACUUUUCAUAGUUAUAUUGGUCUCUUGGUGGCAACCAUGGUGGAGUUUUCUUUUCUAUGCAGUAUAAAGUCUAAUGUAAAACAUAAAUAAAAUAAUGAGUAAAAACCAC